AAUAGGAAAAAAUCCGAAGAAUCUGGCUUGCAGAAAUCAUAGCACUUGGACGGGCUUAACUUUUAAGGACUGGUCUAUUUUGGACUUCAAUGGGCAGAUUCAAGAUCCUCAGCUAAAAGAUACACUUUGUGGGUUUCUUUUAGUAUCCACAGAGAAGAAUUCUGUUAAGUUCCUGCUACGGAACACCUCAAACAAUAACAAAUAAUAAAUGCGAGCUUGUCCAAAGAAAGAAACUCUUCUUGUUUGGCCCAUUAUUGUAGGUUAGCAUUCCUGAGGAGGCAUCUCCUUCACAGUAUCACCAUCUGAGGUGUCAAGCUUUUAUAUAAGUGACAUCAUGGAAGACUCUAAGGAAAUUCUGCAGGAAAUUUUUUCUGUAUCUUAUACAAUCAUCAUCUGUUGAUUUCUUGUUCGGAAUCUUUGGGUUACUGAUGUGCAUGAUGUUUUACAAUCUUCCUUAAUCAUAGUGGAUAAGCGAUAUUGGCUGUACCAAAAAUUUGGUGAGAAGAUUCUUAAAGUAAAGAAGGAUGGAAGCUUCCUACUUCAUCCUAAGGCGCCAUGUUUCUGCCCCUUCUCCAUCCCCAUCCACGGAAGACCAAAUUCUAUAACAGAAGUUACGAAGGAGCUAGUCUGUUCUGCAUCAGGCAGUGACAGUGAGGAGAAAGCUAUGGAUGAUUUGUAGAGCAAAGAAAUAAAAAACCAAGGUCAGUUUGUUGGGCAGCCUGCCCAAAUAUGACGAAGUGUAAGGGAGUGCAGACUACAGUCCAGCGACCCUUCAUUAUCCUCUACCGCCCAAGAAUCAUCCUGAACUAUAGUCUUUAGUUUCUCCAAAUGCCAUAAUGAUGCAUCCUAUUUGCAUGUUGAUUGUUGCUUCUCACCAAAAUAUGUUCUGCUAUGCUGUUCUCGUUUAAUGUACUUAUUUGGAGGCAUAUACAUUAGGUUUUUGCUUGGAGUUUGGACACUGUUCUUUGAAGGCAUAUAUUGUGAUGUUUCUUCUAUGAAGAUAUUCUCAUUGUGGAAGGAGACUUGGAAGCUUUGUGACCAUCAAACUGGGUUGCUUCAGAUAAUAUCAAGUUACCACCAUCAACAUUAUGAUGGGAGAAAGACUGUUAGUCAGAGGAACCAGAGAACUUGGUCUGAAAUCUUUGCACAUCAUCAAUUUAUCGGAUGAUCCGUCCGUCGGUCGGUCGGGUGUAUUAUUGUUAACUUGCAGUUUGAAGCAUCAAUCCGAGUCAUUCAGUCAGUGGUGGAACCACCCAAGCAACUGGUUCUCGGGGAUCCACAGAGACUCAAUCAGACACCUUCUGCUUCAACGCAUCUACUGCUCAAAUACCAGUGGAAACCACCCUGCUGCUGCUGAGAGAGAGGUGUGCAGAGAGGAGGCAGCGGCCAUGGAACCCUGCGGUGAUCAGUUCGAUGUCGUCGUCGUCGGCGCGGGGAUCAUGGGAAGCUGCGCGGCCUACGAGGCGGCCAAGCGCGGCUGCAGCGUGCUGCUCCUGGAACAGUUCGACUUCCUCCACCAGCUGGGCUCCUCGCAUGGCGAGUCGCGCACCAUCCGCGCCACCUACCCGGAGGAGUACUACCCGCCGAUGGUCCUCGAGGCGCACCGCUUGUGGGAGGCGGCGCAGUCGGAGGCGGGCUACCGGGUGCUCACCAGGACCCCCCACUUCGAUAUGGGCCCUGCCGAUAACAGGAGCCUCCGGUCUGUUAUCGCCAGCUGCGAGCGGCAGAGCUCGGUCAACGUGCGCCUUCUCGAUCGAGCCGCGGUCGACGAGAUGUUCUCCGGCACGUUCCGGCUGCCCGAGGGGUGGAUCGGGGUCCGAAGCGACGCCGGAGGUGUCAUCAAGCCGACCAAGGCGGUGGCCAUGUUUCAGGCCCUGGCCAUACGACGAGGGGCUGUUCUAAAGGAUCACAUGGAGGUGACAGGGAUCAAGAAGGACGAGGAAGACAGAGGCGUACGGGUGUCCACCGCCACCGGCGACAGCUUCCUGGGGAAGAAGUGCGUGGUCACGGUGGGGCCUUGGUCGAGCAAGCUGGUGAAAGCAGUCAGCGGCCAUGUCUUGCCCAUCCAACCUCUCCACACCACCAUCUGCUACUGGAAGAUCAAGGAAGGGCACGAGCACGAGAUGACGCCGGAGGGAGGGUUCCCCACCUUCGCCAGCUACGGCGAAAUCUACGUCUACGGGACGCCGUCGAUGGAGUUCCCGGGACUGAUAAAGAUCGGGCUGCACGGCGGCCGUCCGUGCGACCCCGACAGGAGGGACUGGACAUCGAACUCCGGCAUGCUGGUGGACGCCGUCGGCUCCUGGAUCGAUCAGAUGCUUCCGGGCAAGGUCGAGACCGACAAGCCUGUGAUCAUCCAGUCAUGCAUGUACUCCAUGACCCCCGACGAGGACUUCGUGAUCGACUUCCUCGGCGGCGAACUCGGCAAGGACGUGGUGGUGGCCGGAGGGUUUUCAGGACAUGGGUUCAAGAUGGGACCGGUGGUGGGGAGGACCCUGGCGGAGUUGGCCAUCGAUGGGGCGGCAGAUGGAGUGGAGCUGAAGCACUUCAGGUUGGGGAGGUUUACAGAAGACUCUAAUGGCAAUGCAAAGGAUUUCGACGAUCAAGUGUCCUCUCAUCUCCAUCAAUAGAGACAGAGAGAGAGAUGGCGAGAGAGGGAGCACCUGUUUCAUCCGCUGCUCAAGGUUCGGAAGUGCAAGGUUUUAGUUAACUAUCUCCAUGCUCUUCGAUUCUUUACCUCUCUAGCUGUCUGCUACUUGUUGCUAGCCAACUAAAAUCUAGAUUUGAUGGCAAUUUUAGCAGCAGAUUCGUUGUCGAUGCGGAACAAAUCUAAGAACUCCAUGGAAGGAGACUGGUGAACUCUGUAGCUUGGUGGUGACUUUGUUUUCCUUCUCUUCUGCAUGUUCUUGUCCUUGAAUUCUAAUUUGCUGAUUAAGUUUGUCUA